AUGACGCAAUACAUGCCAUUGUUUAGAUCAUGCUCGAACUUACGAUCACUAACACAGCUUCACGCUCACCUCCUCGUCACCGGCCGUCUCCGUCGUGACCCUCUUCCCGUGACGAAGCUCAUCGAAUCCUACGCCUUCAUGGGCUCUCCAGACUCGUCGAGGCUCGUCUUUGAAGCCUUUCCUUACCCUGACUCAUUCAUGUACGGCGUUCUCAUCAAAUGCAACGUCUGGUGCCAAUUACUCGACGCCGCUAUCGAUCUUUACCACAGGUUGGUUUCGGAGAAGACCCAGAUCAGCAAGUUCGUGUUCCCAUCUGUUUUGAGAGCUUGUGCGGGGUCGAAGAAUCAUCUGAGUGUUGGUAGGAAAGUCCACGGGAGGAUUCUCAAGAGCGGUGUAGACGACGACGCUGUGAUAGAGACGUCUCUCUUGUGUAUGUAUGGUCAAACUGGGAAUCUUAGGGAUGCAGAGAAAGUGUUCGAUGAAAUGCCUGAGAGAGACAUUGUUGCUUGGAGUACACUUGUUUCCAGCUGUUUAGAGAACGGUGAGGUUGUGGAAGCAUUAAGGAUAUUUAAGUGCAUGUUUGAUGAUGGUGUUGAGCCUGAUGCUGUGACGAUGAUCAGUGUAAUCGAAGGUUGUGCUGAGCUUGGUUGCUUGAGGAUGGCCAAGUCAGUCCAUGGCAUGAUAACGAGGAAAAGGUUUGAUUUUGAUGAAACACUCUGCAAUUCUCUGCUUACAAUGUAUAGUAAAUGUGGAGACUUGCUUAGCUCGGAGAGAGUCUUUGAGAAGAUGGUCAAGAAGAAUGCUGUUUCGUGGACUGCUAUGAUCUCUAGUUACAACCGUGGAGGGUUCUCUGAGAAGGCGUUGAGAAGCUUCAGUGAGAUGAUGAAAUAUGGGUUUGAGCCGAAUUUGGUUACGGUUUAUAGCGUUUUGAGCUCUUGUGGAUUGUUAGGGUUGAUUAGAGAAGGCAAGUCGGUUCAUGGUUUCGCAGUUAGACGAGAGCUGGAUCCGAAGUAUGUGUCACUUUCUCCGGUCUUAGUCGAGCUGUACGCUGAGUGUGGGAGACUAAGCGACUCCGAGGCGGUUUUACGAGCUGUUGGUGAUGGAAACAUUGUGUCAUGGAACUCUCUUAUAUCUCUAUAUGCACGGAAAGGUAUGGUGAUUGAGGCAUUGUGCUUGUUUAGAGAGAUGGUUACAAUGCGAAUAAGACCUGACUCGUUCACUUUAGCUAGCUCAAUAUCAGCAUGUGUCAAUGAUGGUUUAGUCUGUUUAGGGAAACAGAUUCACGGAUAUGUUAUAAGGACGAAUGUUUCAGACGAGUUUGUGCAGAACUCGGUGAUAGACAUGUACGCUAAGAGCGGGCUUGUGGAGUUAGCGUGUAAAGUGUUUGAUCAUGUGAAAGAUAAGAGCGUUGUGACAUGGAACUCGAUGCUCUGUGGGUUUUCUCAGAAUGGUAACUCCUUGGAGGCGAUUAAUCUCUUCGACUAUAUGUAUAGUAACUCUCUCGAGACGAAUGAAGUUACGUUUUUGGGCGUUAUCCAAGCGUGUUCAAGCAUAGGUUCGCUGGAGAAAGGGAAAUGGGUUCAUCACAAGAUGAUUCUUUCUGGUUUGAAAGAUCUUUACACUGAGACUUCUUUAAUAGACAUGUAUGCGAAAUGUGGAGAUCUCGACGCAGCUGAAAUUGUUUUCAAGGCCAUUGCGAGUAAGAGCAUUGUGUCGUGGAGUAGUAUGAUCAACGCGUAUGGAAUGCACGGACGGAUAGGAGCGGCGAUAUCUACGUUCAAUCAAAUGGUGGAGUCUGGAACGAAACCUAACGAAGUUGUCUUCAUGAACGUUCUCUCUGCUUGUGGUCACUCUGGUUCUGUCCAAGAAGGUAAAUUCUACUUUAACUUGAUGGGAUCUUUUGGCAUUUUACCAAACUCGGAGCAUUUCGCUUGUUUCAUCGACCUUUUGAGCCGUUCCGGUGAACUCGAAGAAGCUUAUAGGAUCAUCAAGGAGAUGCCUUUCUUACCUGAUGCUAGCGUUUGGGGUUCUCUGGUCAAUGGUUGCAGAAUCCAUCAGAGAAUGGAUAUCUUCAAAGCCAUAAAAAACGAUCUCUCGAGUAUUGUUACCGACGAUACAGGGUAUUACACUCUACUGUCCAAUGUGUAUGCUGAAGAAGGUGAAUGGGAAGAAUCCAGGAGAGUGAGAUCGGCUAUGAAGAGGAAAGUUCCUGGUUACAGCUCCAUAGAGAUUGAUCAGAAAGUUUUCAGAUUUGGAGCCGGAGAAGAGUCUGGUUUCAGAACAGAGGAGAUACACAAGUUUCUUGGGAAUUUCAAGAACCUAACUCUUGAAGCAGAUUGUUUACAAAUUAAUGAAUGA